AUGCCUGAAAUCCUCCUCCCAGACACCUCGUCCAUCACCUCCUCAACCGCCUCCUCUCUCCUCCUCUACAACACCGACCACCAGCACCAAACCACCCUCACCAGACGCAAAUCCGUCCCUCUCCGCCGCUUAUCAGUCUGGCUCUCCCGCCGUAUCUCCAAGCAGGGAUUAAACGCCACUCACGCUCUGACUCCAGAUGAAAACUACACCGACUAUGACGCCCAAAAAAUCGUGUCCAACCUUAACCUCAGCCGUGAACAUGACCGCAGCCGCAACCGCAAUCGCAAAAUCAAAGAAUACGAGGCCGAGCGCGAUCUAAACGAGUCCUAUGCGGCGUAUUGUCGCGCUUUCACGUCCGCCGGCGAGCACCUCUACCACCAGAAACGCAGGACGUGGAUGAUGGACGGCGAGGCGGACCUGACUAUGAUUUCCGAGGGUUCUGUCCGUGGACAUGGACAUGGACAUGGACAGGGACAUCCCGAGGAUGAGGGAGGUGCGCUUGACGAGAAACGGGGGGCACUGGGACUACCCGCCGAACCCGAACCAUCACCGGGAGCUAUACCCUCAGCCGACACCGAACUAGAACUAGAGCUAUCGCCGCCGCCUCACAUCCUCACACCGUCGCUGUACGCUGAGAUGCGCCACGCGGCCAGCGACAAGAAACGAGCCAGGAAGCAGCUGCGAGAACGCCGGUUGUGGUCGUGGUUCACUUGCAUUCGUCAGCGCGAGUCUCACUGA